AUGCCGUUUGCACCAAUAAAGGAUGGCGAAUUUACGAGUACAAUUUAUGGAAUGAUUAAAGAACGUCGAUAUGAAAAUGCAAUUCGAUCAUUGCAGUAUGAAUUGCAACGAACGCCAAAUAGUAGAGCAGCAUUAUCAUUACUUGGCUAUUGCUAUUUCUAUUUACAACAAUUUAUUGAAGCAGCAGAAUGCUAUGAGCAACUUGUCCGGUUACAUUCAUCUUAUCCGGAAUAUAGACUUUAUUGGGCUCAAUCACUCUACAAUGCUUUUUUGUUUCCGGAAGCUAGUGCUGUUAUUUCACAAAUUGAUGAGCCACAAUUUGCUCAACAAGUGUUAAAAUUAGAAUCAGCAAUUAAAUAUCGUGAGGAAGAUAUAAUAAAUGCUCGAAUACUUGUUGAAAAAUAUGCAAUGGAUGAUCCAGAUGGUGAUAUCAAUUUAGCAUGUCUUGAAUAUAAGCCAUGUUUAGCUUAUUCAAUAGCAUUAUGCCAUUAUCAAAUGCAUAAUUAUUCACAGGCAUUAAAAUUUAUUGCUGAUAUUAUUGAUCAAGGUGUGCAAAAUCAUCCAGAAUUAUCAAUUGGUAUGGCAACGGAAGGUAUGGAAGUGAGUUCAGUUGGUAAUACACGUCUUUUACGUGAAACAUCAUUGGUUGAAGCGUGUAAUUUAAAAGCAGCAAUUGAAUAUAACCUAAAAAAUUUAUCAGCAGCUUCUGAAGCAUUAACAGAUAUGCCACCAAGACUGGAAGAGGAACUUGAUCCGGUCACUUUACAUAAUCAAGCUUUAAUUAAUAUGGAUAGUAAUCCAUCUGAUGGUUUUGCAAAAUUACAGUAUCUUUUGAGUCAAAAUCCAUUUCCACCGGAGACAUUCAGUAAUUUACUUCUUCUCUACUGCAAAUAUGAGUAUUACGAUUUAGCAGCUGAUGUAUUGGCUGAAAAUGCUCAUUUGACGUAUAAAUAUCUUACGCAAUAUUUGUAUGAUUAUAUUGAUGCGCUAAUUACCCAACAGACAGCGCCAAUGGAUGCAUACAACAAAUUUGAAGCAAUUAGUAACGAACAAAUUAAUGAAUUGCGUAGAUUGACGAAACGUAUGAAUGAAAUUCGUGAUGGAAAUGAUGAAUUGAUUAUUCAAAAAACUGCUAAAGCAUAUGAUGAUACAAUGGCUAGAUAUAUGCCAGUGUUAAUGUCGCAAGCUAAAAUUUACUGGGAUAUGAAUAAUUACUCGCAAGUGGAAAAAAUUUUUCGAAAAUCAGUGGAAUUUUGCAGUGAAAAUGAUAUAUGGAAAUUAAAUGUUGCCCAUACUUUAUUCAUGCAGGUAUCAAGAAGCAAUAAAUUUAAGGAAGCAGCGGGAUUUUAUGAGCCAAAUGUUAAAAAGAAUUUUGACAAUAUGCUUAGUAUAACAGCGAUAAUUUUGGCAAAUCUUAGUGUCUGUUACAUUAUGACUAAUCAAAAUGAAGAGGCUGAAGAAUUGAUGAAAAAAGUUGAAAAUGAAGAAGAAGAAGCAAGUGCAGCAAAUUUAAAUAAAACAAAAUUCUUCCAUUUAUGUAUUAUAAAUCUUGUUAUUGGUACACUUUAUUGUUCAAAAGGUAAUUAUGAAUUUGGUAUUUCACGAGUAAUUAAAGCAAUGGAACCAUAUGAUAAGAAACUUGGCACUGAUACAUGGUUUUACUGUAAACGUUGUAUGAUUUCAUUAAUUGAGAAUUUAGCAAAACAUAUUAUUAGCAUAAGAGAUUCAGUGUUACAAGAAUGUCUUCAAUUUCUUGAACAAUGUGAAAUUUAUGGAAAAGAUAUACCAACAAUAGUAGCUGAUGCAUUAACACUUAAUGAAUUGGAAAAUGAAAAUGCAAAAAAUACAGUAACUUAUGAAGCUCGAUUAUUACGAGCAUUGUUAUUAGAAGUAAUAAAUAAUUGA